AUGGUGGUGGUGCAGAAAUUGAUGGAUUUCUUUUCUAAUAAGCAAUCGCAGACAACAAUGCUAUUGGCAUUACAAAUGAAAUGGCGAGACCUGGAACCACAAAACAUUAACGAUAAGUUAAUUAGCAAAGAAUAUAGCAAAUUUAAGAAUGUGGCCAGAGAGAUUGAGUUGGAUAAUAAGCUAUUGUUAAUUCUGUCAAACUAUUCGAGCACAUUUAACAAAAGUUUACUACCACCAAGUUGCGCAAUUGUUGACAAAAAUAACUUUAUUGAGUAUUAUGGAAAGAUAUAUUCAUCUCGGGCCCAAUUUGCUGCCGCUUACGAUAAAGUAUGCGUUAAUUCGGCAGAACUUUUUGUAUAA